AUAUUACCACUUUUUAAAAUACAGGAAUCAAACUGUAUACUUAUAUCCUUUUAUCCAACAAUGAAGCAGUGAAGAGGGAGGUUCAAGGAAGAUUCUGAACAGUUUGUAGCAUUUUGGGUUUUUCAGGAUUUUGGAAUGAUGUGAACAAGCAUUUACAAGGAUAUAUUUCAACCAUCAUGUUGGACCCAACAACAUUUCCAUGAGUUGUCUGGAGCUGCUAGCCGCACAUGCAGUCCAAUACUCUGCAAAAGCAGCAGUUUGUGGCUUUGUGAUACUGCCUAGCACACAGGGGUCUCUAGAGCAUUUCAAAUCCUGCUCUUGAAUGAGAGACUCCAUUGUUCAUCAGUUCACACACAGUUCAAUGGAGGUGCUAUGGUGCGGGCCUGUCUGGAGCAACAUGGGUCCUAAAUUAACUUACAGUUCAGAGAGAGGAAGUAAUGGAGUUAGGGGUAAGAGAGUGUUUGCCAGAGAGCACACUUUAUUCUGAAAUCCAGUAACCCUCCCUACCGCCUCCCAAAAAUAGUCCUACCGCAGAAUAGUCUGGUGCUCAGAGCACUUAUUUGGAUGUGGGAGACCUCAGUUCAAGUGCAUUCUCUGCCUGAGUCAAAGACCAGAUGCUUGAACCCUGGGUCACCCACAUGCUAGCUGCGUGCCUUACCCGCAAGCUAUUUGCUGUUCUGGACUGGGGCUCUCGCUCUCUCAACACAACUGAGAAACUCCUAAACUCUAACUCUCUGCGUUCUUUGAAAUUAAUUGCUAAAUUAUAAACUUAAUUUUGUCCUCUUUGGAUACAUAUGCUGCAUUCAAAACAAGAAAAUAAAUACAUGCUUAUGGAACGGCCUUUCUAAAGCUCAGUGGAAAAUUGGAACAUAAGGAGCAAAUGGGUGAGACUAUAGAUAGCUAUAAGCAGCAAAUAUCUGAACAGCAGGAACAGAUAGCGUUUCAGAAAAGUACGAUUACAAAACUUAAAUCACAGUUGGCUCCUGUAAAUGCUAACAAAGGUAGCGCACAUGGCCGCAUUCUAGUGUCUGAAGAUAGUGAAGCAUGGAGAAAUGACACCUCCCCUAAUCUAACUUUUGAUCAGCUCCAUGAAAAACUCAAACUAGCAAUGCAAAGAGAGAAACUUUUAAAGGAACAAUUGGAAACAGAGGGCAUUAAAUUGAAGCAAACUGAGGAAGAAAACACUCUAAAGGAAAAUAAACUUGUAUCUAUUAUUGCCAUUAAAGAAGAAGAAAUAAGGUUUCUAAAAAACAGAUUAAAAGAAAAAAGUGAAGCACAGGAUUGCAUAAAUAUGCCAAUAUAUGAAAUGGAGAUUAAACAUACGAAGAUUGCUCCAGCUAGACAGGAUUUAUCUCCAGGGAUCCCUGGUAUUUUAACUGUGCAUGAAAGGGAAGAUCUAGAGAUGGUUUUCCAGGAGAUGAAGGAAGAAUGUCAUCGAAUAUGCACACUAGCAAGAAAGCAAACAGACCAACUCAGUAAACUUAACAUAAAGAGAGAACCUGUAAAUGAAAUUCCGUUUUCCAUGCCUAUUCAGUGUACUGAUAAAACUGAUGAACAAGCAGAAGAACUUUUUAAACCUCAGGUUAAACCAGAUAUAAAUAGAGGUGUAUCAUGCACAACAUCUAUCACACCAAGAGGAGUGGGCCAAGAUGAGGAAGACAACUCUGUAGAAUCACUUUCUAAAUUGAAUGUCAAGUUUCCACCUACAGACAAUGACUCUACUUUCUUACAGAGCACUCCAGAUAAACCAACAGUUCCUUGUACUGCAAUAGCUGAAAAUAUACUUCAAGAUCAUCAUUUUAACAUGAAGCAUGAAGACCAUACUAUGAACUGGAGUAAAUUGGAAUGUAACCCAUUUGAAACUCAUGGAGUUGACCCCAUAACUAUGCAAAACCUAACUACACUUGACAAAACAAAACCCCCAAGCCAUACAACCAUGCUCAAACAGAAUACUCAGGACAAAACACCAUGUUUGAAAACAGCAGACAUUGGUACGAAACUUGUAUAUCCGUACACAAAUCAAGAUGCCAUUGAAUUAAAUUUUCCCUCUUCAGAGGCCACUGGGAGGGCUGUCAGAGGACCUCAGCAGCCCUUCUGGAAGCCAUAUCACACUCAAGAUAAUAACUUACUGGCACAAGGUUAUACAGACUCAGAACUGAAGCAGUCUGGAAUAUGUGAAUUCUGUCAAAAAGUUUUCCCACCAUCUACUACAUCCAGGGGGGAUUUUCUCAGGCAUCUUAAUUCACACUUUAAAGAACAAUCAAUGUAUCCGGAAGCAAGCUGAAUAAGACUUGUAGAGAUACUGGGUUACACUUUUGUAUAUUUUUAAUUCAUGUGUGUAUGUUAACUUCAGAAUUAAGACUAUGUUCAUAAUGAUGUCGCUGAAACUGUUUUUUAGUUAAGUUCAUUUCAUUUUUUUAAAAUUACAUUUAACGUUUGUAAUUUUACAUAUUUAAGUUAGCCCAUAGAAAACUGUAAUUCAGUUUCACUUCAGUAUGUCAUGUUGCAAUAUGAUCUUUGGGCCUGAUCCUACAAACCUUUUCUUACGCAAGUUAUCUUCACCUGAGUAGUCCCACAAUAAUUAAUGACUACUUAUGUAAGUAAGGACUACUUGCAUGAGUACAUGUUUGCAGAACUUGGCCUUUAAUUUGGGGAGAUAGUGUGAGCAGUCCUAUCCAUUUUCCUCAGUGCCCUCGGGCCUGAUCCUACUCCUAUUGUAGUAAAUAGAAGCAGGAACAGGCCCCAAGAACAUCUGAAGGGCGAGGGCGGAAUGUCUAAAUUUGACUUAAGACAGGUUCAGUGUUGUAUUUUUAUUGCAGAUAAGGUUCUUAUAAAACCACUAGAGCAGCCAAGUAACAGGUAUGUCAUACUUAAGAUACAUUUGUCUUUUGUUUACACUGAUCUCUGCCAAUGAUGUGAUAAACAGAUUUGUCUCAGAUACAAAACAAUACUCGCUCUCUGGCUAAAAUGAAGAUAGCAAUGGUAUGUAUCUUUGGCAGAGGUGCACUAUUAAAUAAUGUAUAUUGUUAGCAUCCAUAGCUCAUGGAAAAUACCUGUUCCUCUGUGGGAGCUGACGCAUGCUUUUACAUAGAGAGAAGAUGAGAUGAACCAGGUUACGCUUUCCCCUAAAACUACAAGUUGAAAAGAUAAUUUAGCAUUUCUUGUGGUUCCCUACUGACUGUGUUACUCAACCACAAGGGAAUUUUUUAAAAAAUUGAACAAAAGUCUUCACUUCAAAAUACUCUCUUAAACUAGAAAUCACUUUUAAACUAUAAUUUAAAUUUUGAUGGCUGUGUGUGUGUAUUUUAUGAAUGCUAGAUCAGCUAGCUUGCAUUUUGUUUUUAAACAGUUGACUUGCAAGGAUCUCUUCCAAGAGAGCUGUCUGCACUUAAGUCUGGACUGGAACUGUUCAGUCAAAGUGGUUGUUAGCAUUAAUAUAUUUUCUAUAGCUACAGGUAAGCAAGGCCCUAACUUCUCUCUUUUCAAAGAUUUAUGGGGUGAGGGUCACCAUUUUACAAAGCUAAAGGGAAAUAUAAAUCUUGCAUCGUUUUUAGAAGUGGAUUUUUAAGUCACUGGAGAAUGCUCUUACACUAAACGUUUUUCUACAACUAUUUACUGUAGUUUUAAGUGCCUGCUGUGUAUGUGACUAGCUGUUGGCUGCUGAUGUACUGUAAUAAAGUACAGGGUACAGUGCUUGUCUGUU